CUACUGCCUGUGGAAGAAGCCACAAUUUCUUCCCUUUUGUUCCCUGGCCCCAGGCCAGCGCUUGCCUUCACACUCUGUGGGUGGGGUGCCUUUCAGAUUGGCACAGGACAGGGAGCGAAUGUCCCCGCUGAUGGUACGAGAGACCCAGCAAUUGAAUCGACCCCUGGCUGGAGCCUCCCCAGAGAGCUCUGGGCACCCAGGUGACACCGUGUGGCUUCAGGGUUUGGCUUUAGAUCUUUCUGACUAUGGCUGUAGAACCCAGCAGUUCCGAAUCCCUGGGAAGGAGAGUUGGAAGGAGAAUGAAGAAGAUGAGCAACAUCUAUGAGUCGGCUGCCAAUACCCUGGGGAUUUUUAACAGCCCCUGCCUGACUAAAGUGGAACUGCGUGUCGCCUGCAAAGGCAUUUCAGACAGAGAUGCCCUUUCGAAGCCUGAUCCCUGUGUCAUCCUCAAGAUGCAAUCCCAUGGACAGUGGUUUGAGGUGGACAGAACAGAGGUGAUUCGCACCUGCAUAAACCCAGUGUAUUCCAAACUGUUUACUGUGGACUUUUACUUUGAAGAGGUGCAGCGCCUGCGUUUUGAGGUCCAUGACAUCAGCAGCAAUCACAAUGGACUGAAGGAAGCUGACUUUCUGGGUGGCAUGGAGUGCACACUGGGCCAGAUUGUUUCCCAGAGAAAACUGUCCAAAUCCUUAUUGAAGCAUGGGAACACAGCAGGGAAAUCCUCCAUCACGGUGAUUGCUGAAGAAUUAUCUGGCAAUGAUGACUAUGUUGAACUUGCAUUUAAUGCUCGGAAAUUGGAUGACAAGGAUUUCUUCAGCAAAUCAGACCCAUUUCUGGAAAUCUUUCGUAUGAACGAUGACGCCACACAGCAGCUGGUACACAGAACAGAGGUUGUGAUGAAUAACCUAAGCCCUGCCUGGAAGUCAUUCAAAGUAUCAGUAAAUUCUCUAUGCAGUGGAGAUCCAGAUCGCCGGCUGAAGUGCAUAGUAUGGGACUGGGACUCCAAUGGCAAACAUGAUUUCAUUGGAGAAUUCACCUCAACGUUCAAGGAGAUGAGAGGAGCCCUGGAAGGAAAGCAGGUCCAGUGGGAAUGCAUCAACCCCAAGUACAAAGCCAAGAAGAAGAAUUAUAAGAACUCCGGCACUGUGAUUUUAAAUCAGUGCAAGAUUCACAAGAUGCAUUCUUUCCUGGACUACAUCAUGGGUGGCUGCCAAAUCCAGUUUACAGUAGCUAUAGAUUUCACUGCCUCCAAUGGGGACCCCAGGAACAGCUGUUCUCUGCACUACAUCCAUCCUUACCAACCAAACGAGUACCUGAAGGCUCUGGUGGCUGUGGGGGAGAUUUGCCAAGACUAUGACAGUGACAAAAUGUUCCCAGCCUUUGGGUUUGGUGCCAGGAUCCCCCCAGAGUACACGGUCUCUCAUGACUUCGCAAUCAACUUUAAUGAAGACAACCCCGAGUGUGCAGGGAUUCAAGGGGUGGUGGAAGCCUACCAGAGCUGCCUUCCCAAGCUCCAGCUCUACGGACCCACCAACAUCGCCCCCAUCAUUCAGAAAGUUGCCAAGUCCGCCUCAGAGGAAACCAACACCAAGGAGGCAUCGCAAUACUUCAUCCUGCUCAUCCUCACGGAUGGUGUCAUCACGGACAUGGCUGACACACGGGAGGCCAUCGUCCACGCCUCGCACCUGCCCAUGUCAGUCAUCAUCGUGGGCGUGGGCAAUGCGGACUUCAGUGACAUGCAGAUGCUGGACGGCGAUGACGGCAUCCUGCGGUCCCCCAAGGGCGAACCAGUGCUGCGUGACAUCGUCCAGUUCGUGCCCUUCCGGAACUUCAAACACGCAUCUCCAGCUGCCCUGGCAAAGAGCGUGUUGGCUGAAGUCCCAAAUCAAGUCGUGGACUAUUACAAUGGCAAAGGGAUUAAACCAAAAUGUUCAUCAGAAGUGUAUGAGUCUUCCCGGACACUAGCACCAUGAACACCACACAUUUUACAGAGUUCUGAAAUACUAUUCCACUAAUAUUUAAUACUUCUACUACUCCUAUACUUAAAACACCCACAUAUGCGUUUAAAAAUAGCACGUUUUGGUGAUUUUUAAACUACUUUCUGUUUCCCUUUUUGUUUUUGUUUUUGCAUGUGUAGACCUGAGGCCUGGAUCUGUUAAGCCCUUGUAUUGUUAAAGACUUUUUACAAAGAAACACAAUAAUUAUAACUUACUCUUUACAGCAUGUCGCCUUGAAAUAAUAAAAUGGUAUCGGUAUCUGUUUUUUAUACAGGUUUGUUGAAAUUUUGCUAAAUUUCUUAUUAUCUUUACACUGUAAAGCAUUUUGAAACAUUUAUUGAAUGUUGAUAGCCAAAACAUAAUUUGGUUUUAUCUGUUAGGGGAUGGAGACUUUUCAAAAUGGCAGAUGCAUGGACUGUAUUUUGCAUGUUUAAAAUAAAAAUAUACCAAUAUUGUUUUUGCAGUUGUUAUCUAUAAUUCCUUCCUGCUCAGAAUGUUCUCUCUACUGAAAAAGAGUUUGAUCCACCAAGGGAUAGCCUUCUUGCCAUGAGUCUGGAAAACCUAACACAGUACCUCUCCCAUUUUACUGUGCAUUCAAAUUGCCUGAGGAUCUCAGUGAAAUUCAGACCAAGGCAAUGGGUUUGCAUGGGCCCAAGAUCCCAGAUGAUGCCAGUGGAGUCCUUAGAGCACAACCAGAAAACUGAGGUUGUAGGCAUGAGGCUGUGAUUCUACUGUAGAGAUCAUCAGAAGCAGGAUGGCACGUAAUCUUCUGAGAAUGGCAUAUCUCCCAGCCAAUAGCACAAAGACCCUGCGGUCUCAAAGGUGGGAGCAGAAAGCCAUGAAACUGAUUUCAGAAGCUGCAACCUACCUGCAAUCAGUCUCACUGCUUUCUAGUCACACCUCUUACUUAAACAGACUAGAAUGCAUGCCUCCUGGCCAGCCCUUGCCUUCUUAAAGGAGGUAUCUUACCCCAUAGCAUGAAUGGUUCCAUUUUUUAUGUCAAUCCCUAGCAGUGACCUUGGAGUCCUCAAAGGAAUCAUAAUAAUGUUAGGGAGUCCAUGGCCAUGUGGUAUGAUGCCCCAGGGCUGGCCCACUGAGCAGAACUUCAAGUAGAGUAUGGAAGAGUCUUUUAAGAGCUCCCAAGAGAAAAUCAUUGUUUGGUCUGGAAGUGUUUUGUUGUAAGUUUGCUGGUCUUGAACCAAAAAAAUAAAUGUUUUUCACUUGUAAAAUCUUCUCCUAAAGAAAUGAACGAGUGUGUUUGUCAGGCAUAAAAGCACAAGGUAAAACUGAUUUGUUUUGAGACCUAGGGAAGUAAAUAGUAAUGUACAAGAGAUCUGUUUGUUAUUUGUUUGUUUGUUGAUGGGGGAAGAAACAACCAAAUCAAAUGCCUGUAUGAUUCCCAGUGUUAUAAUUACAGAUCCUAAUUUUGCAAAUACAUGUCAGCCAAAUGCACAACAUUUUGGGAAUGGCAGUAAAAAUGUAUGACUGAAAAAAACCUCAAAUAUUUAAACUGUAUCGUUUUAUGAAUAAAUUGGGUACUAACUUAAUGUGUUCAAGA